AUGUCGGAAGGAAACAACGCCAAUUCUGCACAAGCAGGCGCUAACGGCACCUCCCUGAACAAUCCAGGUGGGUCUCAGCAGCCGGUCACGCGCUCCCAGACUGCUGCUCAACAGCAGACUCAGCAAAGUAGAACUAACCAACAAGCCCAAUAUUCUCAAGCGGACCUUAAUAGAAUCGUGUUGGAAUAUCUCAAUAAGAAAGGGUACCAUCGUACUGAAUCCAUGCUCCGGCUCGAAAGCUCGAACUCGCCAACUCCAAGCGUUCCAUUGCCAAAUGCCAGUAAUUCGACUUUGGCGUACCCAGGAGAAUUGGGAAAAAAGGAUAAAGAUAGAGAGACCCGAGAAACAAAGGAAUUAAAGGACAAACAAGCCCGUAUUGAGCGAGAAUUGAGGGAGAGCAAGGACAGAGAGUUCCGAUUAUCCAAAGAAAAAGAGUUAAGAGAGUUAAAAGAGUAUGAGGAAAGAAAGAAACGAGAAAAUGAUCCCGAAAUCUACCAGAUAUGUUAUAAUACAUUAAGGAAAUGGGUAGAGACUUCUUUGGACUUGUAUAAACCGGAAUUAUCCAAGUUGUUGUAUCCCAUUUACAUCCAUUGCUACUUGGAGUUGAUGUCCAAAAACUACUCCAAUUAUGCAAAAGAUUUUUUUGAUAAGUUCAAAGCUGACCAUGAGAUCUUGCAUGGAGAAGAGCUCAGACAGUUGAGUGGAAUCUCUUUGCCUGAGCAUUUGAAUGAAAAUGAUGUUGCCCAAAAGUUCCGUCAACACAAGUAUCGGAUCAUCAUUUCUAAAACUUCCAUGAACUUGUUGUUAUACUUUUUACAUGAAAAUGAGGCAGUUGGAGGAGCAAUUUUGAUCCGUAUAAUCAACCAGUAUUUGAACCCAAUCAUCAAAAUCACCCAACCGGACAAGUUGGAACUUGAAGGUGAAGCCAACCCAGAAGAAGGUAUUGUAUUGGGAGAAGAAGAAAAGGAAAUCGAUAAGUUCAAUGAACAAUCCGUAUCUUUGGGAAAAUUCCCCUUAGACUCAGAUACCCAACAAGAGGUAGAGGCUGAACUCAAACUCAAAGAUGAAAAGUCAGAGCCGGUGAAUGGCAAGACUUUAGUUGAAGAAUUCCAAAGCAUGAAUGAGAUAGAUGACGAUUCUCCCAGUAAAGACAGUUUACCAUUGCCAAUGAAGGAUGCUCUGGAUAUCAAACGUCUUUUAUUGGAAGUUGAAGACUCGCGCAGCAAGAUUCGUCUUAGUGACAUUCAAGCCUCAUGUCCUUCAGUUUGUAUGUACACGUUCCACAAUAGCAACCAAGAGUUAACCAGCUUGGAAUUCAACCAAGACUCGACUAUUGUUGCCGGUGGGUUUCAGGACAGUUACAUCAAGUUAUGGAGCAUUGACGGAAAGCCAUUGAAAUCCAUUUUCAAAAAAGACCGCCACAACAAUGAUAAUAGCCGAAAGCUCAUUGGACAUAGUGGGCCGGUAUAUUCUACCUCCUUCUCUCCUGACAACAGAUACUUGAUCAGUGGCAGUGAAGACAAAACGGUGCGGUUAUGGUCGUUGGACUCUUUUACGGGUUUAGUGUCGUAUAAGGGACACAAUCAGCCGGUAUGGGACGUCAAGUUCUCUCCAUUGGGCCAUUAUUUUGCCACAGCUUCCCACGACCAGACGGCCCGUUUGUGGGCCACCGACCAUAUCUACCCAUUGCGUAUCUUUGCCGGGCAUAUUAAUGAUGUUGACUGCGUCGACUUCCAUCCCAACUCGAACUACGUUUUCACCGGCUCGUCAGACAAAACCUGUCGUAUGUGGGAUGUACAGACCGGGACACCCGUCAGAGUGUUUAUGGGACACACCGGGCCCAUCAACACGAUGGCAAUUUCUCCCGAUGGCCGUUGGUUGGCAUCGGCCGGUGAAGACAGUGUGAUAAAUAUCUGGGAUAUCGGGUCAGGACGUCGUCUCAAAUCCAUGAGAGGUCAUGGCCGCUCGUCCAUCUACUCAUUGGACUUUUCCAAAGAUAAUGGAGUGCUUGUGAGUGGAGGAGCUGAUAAUACCGUUAGAGUAUGGGAUAUCAAGAAAAACACCAGCGAUGCCGGCCCUGAACCUGAGACUUUCAGUUUUGAUGAUGAUAACAACGCUGGUGCCAACGGGUCUACCAACGGGUCCAACAACCAGCUGAGCAAAACAUCAAAAACUAAUAAAAGAGAAGUGGUGGCUACGUCUGACCACAUGUCCGCGUACUUCACCAAAAAGACGCCGGUUUACAAGGUUCACUUCACUAGAAGGAACUUGUGUCUUGCAGCUGGUCCAUUUUUGGGAUAG